UGGGAGCAGGGAGGGGACGCACAGCUAUUCAUAGCCGCGGUCCCCACCCACGGGUGCCAGGAGCCAGACAGGGGAGCACCUUAUCAGGUGAGCAGCACCCAGCGCGGCCCCGCGCUCCAUCCCCACCCCGGCGCGGGGUGAGUGCCCCGCUGACGUCAGGAGGCCUUAAUUCAUUUCCUGGCACAGGGGCCGAAUUUUCACAGCCGUGUCCUGUGGGAGAGGAGAGGCGGUGGAACUGGAAUGGGCGUGCUCAGCCCCACCUCCUCAGCCCUCCAGCUGUUAAAGCUCCCAGGAGCGGCGGGCGCGGAGCUGCUGCUCGGCCCGGCUGGCGGGAGCGGAGGUGCCCGGGUCCUGGUGCGCUGGGAAAGUGCCUCUCCUGGACGGAGCCUCCUGCUGCCUUCUCCAGGCAGGACCCAGAAAGCUUUGGAGAGGUUGUUGAAGAAGGCAAGAGGAUGACGACGACGACGACGACGUCUCCCCCAGGCUGUGGCAGCAUCGAUGCUGACUACUACCUGCUCUGUGACACAGAGAAGGCCUGGGGGAUUGUCCUGGAGUCCCUGGCUGCAGCAGGCAUCCUCAUCACCAUUUUCCUCAUCUGCUCACUCUUCUUCCUCAUCUGCAAAGUCCAAGACAACAGCAAGCGGCACAUGAUCUCCGUCUAUUUUUUCUUUCUUUUAGGCACACUCGGCGUUUUUGGUCUCACUUUUGCCUUCAUCAUUAAACUCAAUGACAGGACUCGCCCCACUCGCUUCUUCCUCUUUGGAGUCAUCUUUGCUCUCUGCUUCUCGUGCCUCCUCACCCAUGCCUGCAACCUCAACAAACUAGUGAGGGGAAGAAAGCCCUUCUCCUGGCGGGUGCUGCUGCUCUUCCUUGUCUCCUUUGCCCUGGUACAAGUUGUGAUCAGCAUUGAGUACUUAGUCACCAUGUUUGUAAACCAGAGAGAAGAAUUCCUGAAUAUGGUUCGGGAGAACACCAACAAGGACUUUGUCAUGCUGCUGAUCUACGUGCUCUUCCUGAUGGCUCUGACCUUCUUGGUUUCCAUGUUCACAUUCUGUGGGCCAUAUAAAAGCUGGAAGAGGCACGGGGCGCACAUCUUUGUCACUGUCCUGUUCUCCAUUGCCAUUUGGGUGGUGUGGAUCACUAUGCUCAUAAAAGGCAACACGGUUUUAGACAAACAAACAUGGGAUGAUCCUGUUGUGGCCAUUGCUUUGGUGUCCAAUGGCUGGAUUUUCCUGAUAAUGUAUAUUGUCCCUGAAAUUUGUUUCCUCACUGCUCCUGUGAAGCUAGAGGACUACCCUCCAGAAAAUGACUUCUGCCAGCCCAAGUUCAUAAAGCAGGCAACUGGAGUGGACAACCGUGCCUACACCCAAGAUGAAAUUGUGCAAGGAAAUGUCAACUACUCCCCAUAUGCUUCUCACUUUCAGAUGAAGGCCAUUGAACCCCAGAAUGAUUUCUCCAUCCCUCGCCCCAAGGCCCGGACAAGCCCAUACCAUGACUACACUGGUGGGAAAAGCCCCCAGUAGCAGCUCCCCAGGGAGCAGAGACUAAGUGCCCCUCAGCAGAGGCACAGGGAAUGGGCCACAUGGUGACAAGGGAGAUGAUCCUGCAGAAGAGUCAACCCACACCAGCAAAAAAGGAGAGGGAUCCUCUUUCCCCCACACAGGCACCUUUGUAGCUCCCUGUUAUUCUUCAGACACAGCUUUCAGACACAGCUCUGGCCAUCCUGUCCCUGCUCACUCUGUCUGCAUGGAAUGGAGCUUCUCUCUUCUGAUGGAAGAGCAUUCUGGCCUAUUUCCAGCAGGGAUGCUAGAGAAGCAGGAAGAUCAUCAGCUGGGUCUGUGUCUGGCUUUGGCCCAGACAGGACCUGCUUUAAUCAGCUCAUGGGGGUGCCUGCACCCCUCAUCUGAUGGGAGCAGAGGAAGGAGCAGGAGCAUCAGCCCUACACAUUCCUUCCUCCUGUCCACCCACACAGACAUCUCAGGUACUACUGAGGACAUCUUUAUUUAUCCCCUGUUACUUUUGUGCCCACUCCCUGCCUGGCUGUCCUCCAGAGAUCAGUGAAGAAGAGACACAGAGAGAGAAAGAAUACUCCAUUUUUCAUUUUCAUAUUUGCUUCCAGCACCUUCCUCAUCAUCUUGGAGCCAUGCUGGAGAUGGGCAAGAAAACUUAAUGACAUAAAACCAUCAACACUAAUUUGCCCUGACACAUGUUCCAAUUCCUGUUCUAACAGUUUCCUUUCCAGCUCUGGCUCCUGCCCAUGUGCCUCAGCUGAGCUCCCCAAGGUGCCUGCCCCCCCUGCAAACUCUCCCUCCCCACUCCAGCCAUUCCAGGCUGUGGAUCCCCAAAGACAAAGCCUCUUCUUCUUGCAAUACCCUGGUGGGAUAUAAUCCUGUGAGCCCUGGAUCUCAGCCUCUUCCUGAGUGUGUCUGUGACAUUAGCCAAGCAUUUCCCAAGCAGCCAGGUUACAGAGGGCAGACACCCUUCUUCCCAAGCAUGAGUGAGCAGAAGUGUGUGUGGUGUGUGUGUGUGUGGUGUGUGGACUGCACCCUGGUGAUGAGCAAUGAGUCUGCAGAGUUGAAUCAUUCUGUAACCUGCUUUGCAUUUGAUAAAUAGCUUUCCAUGGUAUUUCAUAUAUAACUACAGAGAGCUCUCCCAGUGGGUGUGUGUGGUACACCGGCGUCUGACACAGCUGUGUAUUUAUUUAGUACUUUGUAUAUGGACUGUUUAAUUAAUAAAAACCCAAACAGCC